AUGGUCUUCCGAGCCUUGCUGCUUCUCUGCCUCCUCUGGCCCCCAGGGAUGCAGUUUUUGAACAACUGUGCACCUGCCUAUUGCAGUGUGGGUUCCGCAGAGGCAGGAGGCGCUCCGCCUUGGCGACACGAGAGCGAGGCGCGGGGCGCCGAGCAGCCGGAUGUGGACGAAGCGAAAUUCGUCGCGUUCCCCUCAGAGCAGAGAUCGAUUGAAAGAAUUGCGAGGCGAGAUCCCGAGGCAAGAACGACGGGACAAGGUGUGCCCAAAGAACGCGCGAAAGAACUGUGUGCACAGGCGAACAAUGUACCGGCGUGCGUCCAGCAACAACUCAAUGAACCUGUCGCGCGGCGCGCAGGCCGCAAGAGGGCGGCCGUCAUUGGAGUCCUCGCUCAAGGCCCCGUCUCCCCUGCUGUCAUGGGACCUAACGGACACCCGCCAGAGGACGGAGAUCGUCUUCCUGAGGACGGUGGCCCGUCCUACGUCGCAGCCUCAUACGUCAAGUUUAUCGAAGCCAGUGGAAGCAAAGCCAUUCCCGUGCCUGCCUUUGCGACCGAAGAGGAGUACCGUCGGGUCUUUGACUCACUGGACGGUCUCAUUCUUCCCGGGGGAGAAGCCGCGAUUGACCGUGCCAAUGCCGCCUAUUACCGCGCGACGAAACUCUUGCUUGACUGGGCCAAGGAGGCAAACGACGCAGGUCGGUACUUUCCUGUCGUUGGCAUCUGCUUAGGUUUUGAAGCGAUGCUCAUUUGGGGCAGUGAAGGUCGAUUUGACUAUUUUUCCGUCGACGACUAUCGGAACGUCGAUCGGGCGAGGCGCCUGAAGCUCCUUCCAGACGCGUUUCAGUCUCGCCUUUUCGGCGGGCCAGGCUUUCCGUGGUCUCAGGAGCGUCCGUCGCUGUCCGCGUCCUAUGAGGGCCCGCCCGACUCGAGUGUGGACAAGGAGGCCACGUCUCCCGCUCGUGGCGGCGCAACUCUCGUUCCCGAAAGCGAUGCCCGGUUCAACGCUGUAAACCCGAUGGGACUGUCCGAGGGGUCGGCUGGAGACUUCCGUGGCGACCGCGGUCGCGCACCGACGCGACGGCUGCUGUUUCUCCACAGAGAAAGGACUGGAUCUCCCGGCAGGGAGCCAAGCAGCUCAGAUAUUCCGCUUUUUUCCGGUGAAGGAAACAGAGAGUUUGGGCAUGACACAGACGAUGACGAUGCUCUGGAGCAAGUGACAAACUCGAAAAGAGUUGCCUCGCUCCUGCAGGAGCAGCCGGCGUCUUACUUCCAUCACCAUCGCCGGAUGACGCGCGUCGAGUUCGAAACUGAUCCGCAUCUCAAGACGAAGUUCCAGCUCGUCGCCUCUGCCCUCGUCGGGGACGGAACGAACCCAGAUGGGAGCGACGAGAUCGUCGCAAUUGUCGAGGCCAAAGGGUAUCCUUUCUACGGCUUCCAGAGCCACCCGGAGAAGCCUCUGUUCGAACACUGCCCGUUCGCCCAGGUUCCUCAUGACAUGGUAUCCCGAAUGAUCUCACUCUACGUCGCAGCGUUUCUCGGAAGCGAGGCGAAUCAAUCAGAUCACCCAGUCGAGCCGUUGGAAAAAGAAUGGUACCAUCUGUUUGAACGCUACCCGGUGUACAGCACCUCGUCUCCAGACCAAAACUACGUUUUUGAGCAGGUGCACGUGUUUCCUGCAAUUCUUCGUGGAGAGUACAGUGCGGUGCAUCGAGUCUUUGGCAGGUCCGUGGUGGGUUGA